AUGUCCGCAUCAUUGGAGACCUCGAAAGGACAAGGCUUGUUUCCCGGCUACAAACAAGUGGAAGGAUUCGGACCGGAUGAAGAUUACGAUGACGAACUGGAAGAGUGCUAUGUCACACUUGACCUCGGAAGUGUCGAUCAGACACUCGUGCCAAACAGUGCAGCGUAUCGUCUCAUCGGUCUGGACACUCCGAAUCCGUUAUUGCAGAUUUCUGGAACCAUCAUGAGGGGAUAUCAUCGAACACUUAUUGGAACGGAGCUCAUAUUCAAGGACGCUACAGACGAAUCUGAACUGCCAUCACAAAGCGACAUCCAAUACUUUACAAGCACCGAUCGUCGGAUAGUGUUCAGAGAGGUCGAGUUGAAGCCGAAAUCCGCUGAACCUACAUCUCAGCAGACGCCUCGCAAAAAGAAAUAUGCUUUCUCACUUCCAUACAUCUCGGCGACAGAUGCAAAAGAAGCUCAAAACAACGAAGGUCCGAGCACUUCUAUUCCACAAUGCGUAGAGAUGACCGAGGUCACCGAUGCGAGCCCUACGAUCGAACGUGACUUCAGUGUUUCUGAAGGAAGCAGAUUUCUUGAAUUCCGAUUAAAACAAGCAUCUGAGGUCCAAGAAGAUCAAAACAUGGAUGUAGACAAAUGA